GUUUAUAGUAACGCCACUUGUCCCCUAGAUAGUGCACUUGGUGCAUAAUGAGGAGUGAUUUGUGAUACGGUGUGAAACAGCUGAAGUUCUCGGUGUCAGAUGAAGUGUUUUUGCUCUGAUUUAUAAACACAACACCGGGUGUUAGUGUGUGUGAAUGCAGAAGUCUGUAGCUGUACUUGGAGGGGGGAUCAGUGGCCUCUCAGCCUGCUAUUACCUCAGCAAGAGCGCUCAUGUCUCUAAGGUGGUGCUGUUGGAGGCGACAGGGAGGUUUGGAGGCUGGAUAAACACUACUCGUAGGGAGGAUGGAGCUGUAUUUGAACACGGUCCAAGAGGAGUCCGGCCGUCCGGAGCAGUGGGGAGAAACACAUUAAACCUGCUGUCUGAUUUAGGUCUGGAGCGUGAGAUCCUGCCGGUUCCUCAUGAUCACGUGGCCUCCAAGAACCGUUUCCUUUAUGUGAAUGGACAGAUCCACAAACUGCCCUCCAGCCUCAGUGGAGUAGUGAGAACUGUGCCUCCGUUUUCCAGUCCCAUCAUCCUUAGUGUGAUGAAGGAGGUCCUGGUGAAGAAGGGGAAGGAGGAGGACGAGUCUGUUCACUCGUUCGUGUCCAGGAGAUUCGGCUCUGAGUUAGCAGACAUAGCGAUGGACUGUCUGUGCCGUGGAGUGUUUGCAGGAGACAGCAGGAAGCUGAGUGUGCGCUCGUGUCUCCCGCCGCUGCACAGAGCUGAACAGGACUGGGGCUCUGUUCUGCUCGGCCUGCUGCUCGGAGGAGAGAAGGCGGGUGCAGGCGGCAGGUCAGCGCUGGCACAGCGGGCAAAGGCAGAGUCGUGGGCUCAGUGGUCUCUGACAGAUGGGAUGCAGACCCUUCCUGAUGCCCUGCAGGAGGCGCUCAGUGGCCGAGAGCGGGUAGAGCUCCGUCACAGCGCCCCCGUCAGGACUCUGAGCUACACUACGGCCGGCUGGGAGAUUAAACAGGUGGAUGGAGCUACGCUAAAAGUUGAUCAUGUGAUUUCUGCUCUACCUGCCUCAGUGUUGGCCUCGUUACUGCCCCCUGCUGCCAAAUCACUGUCACAUCUGCUGUGUGAGAUAAACACUGUGAGUGUAGGACUGGUCAACCUGGAGUAUGAGGGAUCUGUGUUACCUGUAAUGGGUUUUGGACACUUGAUCCCCUCCUCGGAGGACAAAGGUGUGUUAGGGGUUGUGUAUGACUCUGUUCCGUUUCCACAACAUAACCGAAGAGGAGAACCCACAACCAGAAUGACAGUGAUGAUGGGGGGUAGCUGGUUUGAGGAGACAUUAGGUCCUCCAGAUGAGGUGAAGGAUCAGGUGCUGUUGGAUCGAGCGCUCCAGGCCGUGAGGUCGCACCUGAACAUUACAUCAUCACCUGUGUGGAGUAAAGCUGCUGUGCUGAAGAACUGCAUUCCACAGUAUCACCUGGGACACUGGAAGCGACUCGAGGCGAUGAGGCAGUAUAUCAGUGAUCACACUCUUCCUCUCACGCUGACUGGAGCCUCGUUUGACGGCGUCUCUGUUAACGAUGUCAUAUUUAGUGGACGCAGAGCCGCAGAAGGGCUCGUUGGAAAACUCUGAGGUCUGAUGCGACGAUUAACAAGCUGUAUCUCAGUAACACUGUAGAACCUCCAGAGAAGCUUCAUAUCUGACCAGCGUGAAUCAUUCAGCUAUUUUUACACAUAAAAUUGUAUUUAAUAAAGUUUUCUAACUGAGGAGAA